AGUAGUUGAACUGACAGUCGCUGCAAAGUCUCAGAGCUACACGCGUCUCCAUUAGUAAGAGGUACAUGAUGGGGGACCCUUUUCCAUUUUCGUCCUGCUACACCCGUUAGAUAUAUAGCAAUAUAUAUAUUUUUUUCAUAAAAGCAAAAAUAAGAGGAAGUUACUGAUCGAGACUGUCCCGCUGAAGUGAGGACAGAUCGACAGAGAGAAGCGGUGGGUUUCAUCCACAUUGGUUUCAUUUACCUCUUCUGGAUUGUAACAGUCUAGCAAGUUAAGCACUAAGCUGUGAGCAAUGGCGUCCGUCACUCCGGUUUUGGUUACCGUGGCUACCACUGUGAUGGCGUCGGGCACUGCCCCACUCUCGAACUACCUCUGGCUUCUCAUCCUGGGCUUCGUCAUUGCCUUCAUCCUGGCCUUCUCUGUUGGUGCCAAUGACGUUGCCAACUCCUUCGGCACGGCUGUGGGCUCCGGCGUGGUCACUCUCAGGCAGGCCUGCAUCCUGGCCACCAUUUUCGAGACGCUGGGCUCCGUGCUUCUUGGUGCCAGUGUAAGCGAGACCAUACGGAAAGGCAUCAUCGAUGUGAACGUCUACAACGGAUCGGAGAAGUUUUUGAUGGCGGGCUCCGUCAGCGCCAUGUUCGGUUCUGCUGUGUGGCAGCUGCUGGCUUCAUUUUUGAAACUGCCCAUUUCUGGAACGCACUGCAUUGUGGGAGCCACCAUUGGAUUUUCCCUGGUGGCAAAGGGCAAGGACGGAGUCCGUUGGAACCAGCUGAUCAAGAUCGUGGGUUCCUGGUUCCUCUCUCCAGUUUUGUCUGGCCUCAUGUCUGCUCUGGUCUUCGUCCUCAUCCGUAAGCUCAUCCUGCGCAAGGAAGACCCUGUUCCCAGUGGUCUGAGGGCCUUGCCCAUCUUCUACGCUGUGACCAUUGGAAUCAACCUCUUCUCCAUCUUGUUCUCCGCAAAAGACGUAGCCUCCAGUAAGCUAAUCUGGUGGGCCGCGUUGCUGGUCUCGCUGGGAUGCGCUGUCCUCACAGCCCUAGUCGUCUGGUUCGUCGUCUGUCCACGUCUCAAGAAGAAGAUUGAACGUGAAGUCCAGUCCAGCCCCUCUGAGAGCCCGUUGAUGGAGGUGAAGGUCUCUGAGGGACCACCCCUGAAGACGGCUCCAGAGCAAAUCCGGGCACUCGUGUCUGCCCCCCCGACCGUCGCCCCGACUGUCCCCACGGCAGCCCUGUCUAAGGACUUCAGGGUGACCUUUGAUGUCGGCGAAGAGGAUGGCGAGGAGCGAGAAGGGGGCACCGCUGUGCCCACUGACGGCCAGAACCAGGCCCGCAUUCAGUUCAGCAACAGCCCGGCUCGCAUUCCCAGCGUCGGCUACAGCCAGUACCAUACGGUGCACAAGGACUCGGGCCUCUACAAGGAUCUGCUGCACAAGCUGCACCUGGCGAAGGUGCGCGACUGCAUGGGGGAGCCGGGGGAGCGGCCCAUGCGGCGCAAUAACAGCUACACGGUGUACACCAUGGCCAUCUGGGGCCUGCAUGCCGACUUCCGGCCCGGAGAGGCCGACGGCGCGGCCAGCCAGGAGAGGAAGCGCGUGCGGAUGGACAGCUACACCAGCUACUGCAACGCGGUGGCCGAGAGCGCCCCCCCCGAGAUCGCCUCCGUGAGCGCCGGCGUGAGCGAGGAGGCCGUGCAGGUGGGGGACGGCAGCCCCGACGAUGGGGCCAGUGGCGGCAGCCAGGGCUCCCUGGAGCGCGGCGGUACGGACGGCGACAAGCCAGCGGUGUCGCUGCUCUUCCAGUUCCUGCAGAUCCUCACCGCCUGCUUUGGCUCCUUCGCGCAUGGUGGCAAUGAUGUCAGUAAUGCCAUCGGCCCACUGGUGGCGCUGUGGCUAGUGUACCAGGACAACUCGGUGGAAUCCACCUCCCCCACUCCCAUCUGGCUACUGCUGUACGGGGGGGUUGGCAUCUGCAUAGGUCUCUGGGUGUGGGGCCGCAGGGUCGUCCAGACCAUGGGCAAAGACCUCACCCCUAUCACCCCCUCCAGCGGGUUCAGCAUCGAGUUGGCCUCCGCCCUCACCGUAGUGGUCGCUUCCAACGUCGGCCUGCCCAUCAGCACCACCCACUGCAAGGUGGGCUCUGUGGUGGCCGUUGGCUGGCUGCGAUCCCGCAAGGCCGUGGACUGGCGCCUCUUCCGCAACAUCUUCAUGGCCUGGUUUGUGACUGUCCCCAUCUCGGGCCUCAUCAGCGCCGCCAUCAUGGCCCUCUUCUGCUACGUUAUCCUGUGAGCAGGCAGGGUGGAAGCACAGCCCGGCCCGGCCGCCUUCGACAUCCUGCAUUCCUGGCUGUGGUGCAACAUCCGUGUGGCUCGGGCAAUUUCUGGCCCAGUCCUGCUGGGUCAUUGGUGUCUCAUGUAAAUAGUAAAAACAAUGUUUUUUUUUUUAUCAUUUAUAUAAUUUUUUACAUGUUUUAAUGCAGUAUUAUUAAAUAUCUUACUCUUUGAACCUGCUAA